AUGCCGGGCGGAGGGCCCGCAGAGCGGCGGGGCCGCCUGGAGCAGGCACCCGUCAGCGGAGCAGGUGAAGCGGGGCGGUCGCCGCCGCCGGAAAGCAACACGUUUGGCUCUGAACUUUGCAGCUCCAGUCACAAACAAACAAAUAGAGUCCAAGAAGGACCUCUCCCAUCCGAUCCCAGCCUUCUCGGCAGCCGCUGCCUCUCUUAUUGGUGCGGAGACAGCCCCGGUCCCAGCGCGUCGCACGGCGCGGCCGGGCUGCUCUGCGGCCGGCGGCAGCGCCGGGUGCCGGGCGAGGGGCGGGCGCGCCGCGGGGAGGCGGGAGCGGAGGCGGGCGGGAGCGGGGCAGCCGCGGCACCGCUACCGGGCGAUAGCGGAGAGCGGGCGGGAGGUGCUCCCGGACGCCCGAUCCUCCGCACCGGGCAGCGGGCGCGGGAGGGUGAUCCCCGCCUUGCCGGUGGUCACCUCAGGGACAGGACAGCAGGGCAGGGGAUGAGUGGUGACCGGAGCCGGGGAAGAGGGUGGCCGGCAAGUACCGGGCUGCUGCCGCGAGGAACCCGGGGGCCCCCACGGCGCUGUUUUGCGGCCCUCACCAGUGGGGAGCCCCCGCGGCCGCGGUGCGGCGGGAGCGGCUUGGCCGCGGUGCGGCAGCGGCGGCGCCGGGAACGUGCUCCCGGCAGCGGGAGCGGGAGCACAGGAGGGGAUGCCGCGCUCGCGGUGUGCGCAUACUGGCAGAGCCGGGGGGUGUGUGAAGCAAUGUGUCCAUAUCUGUGCACCUUCAGAAGACGAUCGAAGCAGCCUUCAAAUCCUGUUACUCUCUUGCUGGUUUCAGUCAUUCUGAAAUGAGAUCAAAUCCCUGCAACUAAAGUGACCAGUCACAAGCCAUAGAGGAUGAACAGCUCAGCCAUGGUUCUGACUGUUGAAAACACACUGGAAAUGUUUGCAGAAAGAGAUGGAAAAAAAUUCAUAAUGGAGGGAAUUGAUCAACAAUGAAUACAGAAACCUAAAACCUACACAGUCUGUCAAAUGUAACUUGCACUUGCUAGUUCUAAAUGAGUAAGGAUCCAAACCAAAUAAUUAAGAAUAACUUUAGGAAGAAACAUGAAAUAAGUUUGCUUACUAUUAAGACAGCCUCUGAAAAUUGAAUUAACAUUAAAAUUAGUACUAGUUUUAAAUAAAUACAGAAAGAUGAAACAUUUAUUUUAGGAUUCCAUCAUAACAUUAUAGCUGCCAGGCAAGGGUUGGCAAGCUUAACAUUUGACAAGGGUAGCUGUUUGAAGCCUGGUCUGCCCUACCUUGAGGAAAUAAAAAAGUCUGUCUGUCCCAAGUGACGCCUCAAAAUGAGACAGAAAAAGUAAAUGGUGACUUGUCAACUCCAGCUAAAAUCCCUGAGCAUGCCCACAUGUGGCAAAGGGCUAGGAAGGAACGUUUUCUUGCUCUUAUUAUUCAUUUUUCAGUCAAGUGCAUAGGAUUUUUCCUUCUUUAUCACACUUUAGAAUAGUUACCUUCCCUUUUUUUCUUUUGUAAGCACAAAUUGAAGAUGUAAAUGUAAAGACUGAGUAUGCAAUACUUUUCAAGGAGUUUAUAUUGUUUUCAGAUUUCUGGAAAAUGUUAAAGGUGAGAAUUUGCUUAUUUUCAUUCAAACCUUUUUUAGAUCUGAAACUUCAGAAUUUCAGGACUUUAAGGAAGUUUCUGUUUAGAAUUUUGCAAGAAAAGUUCAAGAGAGAAGCAAAAUAUUUUACACAUCUAUUUUUCCCAUUUGUAAAUCUCCUUGCUACUGUCUGGAAAAUUAUUGAAAUAUGGUUGUUUUCUUCAAAGUAUUUUGUAUUAUAAAAGGUCUAUUCAUGAUAUGUAUAUAAUAAAGAGUCAUUUUAUAAAAAAACAUUUUAUUUUAACAAAUUAUUUAAGUUCCAAAACAAAGCUGUUUUGUGGAUGGAGUUCAUGAAGAGUCAUCAGCCAGCUGAUAAUAUAGCACAUUUUGUAAGCUCUGAAAUUGUCUGUUGAUAUUAUUUCUUGACUGAAUUAUUCAGUUUUGCAAUCUGCUAUUCAUAUAUAUAUUUAAAUGAAGACAUUUUCCUUGGAAAAUCACAGUAACCUAAAUCGAACUCUGAUUUCUGUAAAUAGCUUCAAUAUAUUUCCCUACAUGAUGUGUACACUUUAUGCAGCAUAAUUUUUACAAUAAAUCUAUUAGAAUCUUUCAUGUGUACAAAUAUGGAAAAUGGCAAGUUUUUUAUAUGUUCAUAUUAUUUAUGGUCACAGUUUAUUUUAUGGGUUAUUUCCUAUAUGGCAGUAGUUACAAACAUGCCAGUAUUUUUCAAUCUUGGGCUGAAUAUUGUAUUAAAUAAUUACUGUUCAGAACAAUAUCCUGAUACAGGUCAAUGAUUUGAAAUAAAUUUUGAUCAAUCAUUAAUAAACUGCACUUCAUAUAUUUCAUUUUA